UCAUUUUGGAUAAUUUAUUUUUUAAUAAAUUAAUUUAAUUUUCAGAAAAGGAAUUUUCUCACACGGAAUUCCAUUAAGACAGUUUUUUUCAUAAUCACAUACACUUUAUUACCUGUUAAAUAUAUUUAUUACUUAUUGUUAGAAAAUUGUUGAAAAUUGUGUACAAUGACUAGCCCUCUAAUUUAUGGAGUCGAGUUUCAAGCAAGAUCAUUGUGUUCUCAACAUGCUGAUGCGGAACAAGUUAGUUUUUUGAUCGGUACACAAUCGUUAAAUACACCUAACAAUCAAGUGCAUUUAGUAAAAUUACAAGAAGAUUCUAAUACUUUAACUUCACUGGUAUAUGAGCACAGUUGUGGAGAAAUAUGGUCUCUAACCUCUUCGAUUACCGACAAACAAUUAAUAUGUACUUGCUAUGCUGACAUUGAUAGCGAUUGUGAAAAACGUACUACUUUAUGGCGGUUAACGGAAACUGAAGGUCAAUUAGAAAAGGUUGUGGAUUUUCCUACUAAAAAGUAUGGCUCUGAUGUUAAGGUGACAACUUUUCAUCCGACUAAUGAAGCUUACAUGGCAUCGGUUGUCGACAAUAACGUAAUUAUGUGGGAUGUUGGUGAUAACGGAGUCAAAAUUGUAUGUAAUGCAACGUUGGAUGGUAAAGGACAACCUCGUUUUGCCACUGGCAAAUGGAAUCCUCAAAGUGUUAACUUACAGUUUGUUACUGCCGAUGAUUGCAAUAUAAAAGCCUGGGACUUGCGAUCUCAAGCCAGAAUAGCUUGGGCUUUAGACGGAGCUCAUAAUCAAAUUAUUAGAGAUUUUGAUUUUAAUCCAAAUCGCCAUUACAUUAUGGCCACUUGUGGAGAUGACGGAUAUUCCAAAUUUUGGGACGUACGUAAUACAAACCAACCAAUAAUUACUCGUGCUGAUCAUUCUCAUUGGAUUUGGUCUCUUAGGUAUAAUCCUGUGCACGAUGAACUUAUUGGAACGGCGUCUAGUGACGGUCAAGUAUUGAUAACUCGCUUAUUUGGUAUAUCUUCUUCUGCUGUUGAAAACGAAGAUAUCAAAUUAAAAACGUCUGUUGAAGACAAAGUAAUAGCGAUUUGUGAUCAGCACGAAGAUUCUGUGUACUGUGUCGAAUGGUCUACUGCCAAUUCGUGGAUAUUAGCUUCUCUAAGUUAUGAUGGACGGUUAUUGCUUAACAAAGUACCAAAAAAAGAACAACUGAAAAUCCUAUUAUAAAAAUUGCAACACUAUUUAAAAACAGUUUUAUAUGAAUAUUUAAAGAAGGGAUUGAAAAUGUUACAAAGUCAAAAUUUACAUUAUUUGUUGUAACUACAACAUAUUAUUAUAAAUGUUUCAUUUGAGUAAACAUAGUUUAUAAUGUGUUCAGAAAUGAAAAACUUAACUUUAAAAUGUUUUUAAUUGACUAUUUUUUACAAUACUAUAAUCAGUUAAGUUAUUAGAAUAAUUUAUUAAUAAUUUUAAUCAAAACUAGUUGAAUUGAAUGUAGUUAUAACAAAUAGUGUAAAUUUAGCUGGGUAGUGCUUUUAAUCCCUGGUCUGAAGAAUAUUUAUUUCAUUUAUUAAAAAUAAAUACUGUAUGUAUUGUGUACAUUAUUAAGUUUUAUAAAAUUAUGUUAAAAUUUUUAUCGUUUAAUUUAUACAUUUCAUGUUAAAUUUAUUUGUUUUGUGUUACAUUAAAUUAUUUGAUAUUGAAA